CUGGCAGUGAGGAGGAGAGCGGCGGAGAGGAUGCUGGAUGCUCAGACGGAGCUGCUGGAGAUUCACUUUGUGUCACUCUGAAGCCGCUUUCUGUUUCCUGACGGGAAGAAAAAGAACAGCAGCACAUCUGUGUGAAGGAUCAGCAGGACGAUGAACGUGUCUGGCGGCGCCCCCGGGGAGGAGCUCACGGAUGAGGAGAAGGAGAUCAUCAACAGCGUGCUGGCUCGAGCUGCCAUGAUGGAGAACAUGGAGCAGCAGAGGAUCGAGCGUCUCUCCAGCCGCCUGGACAAUAUCAAGAAGACGGCGUGCGGCGACGGCCGGUCGCACUGUCUGCUGUGCGGGGCGACGUUCGGACCGCAGGGGGUCACGGCCGUCCUCUGCGUGCAGUGCCAGAAACACAUUUGCAGCAAAUGUGGGCUCCGGAGCGACAGCCGGACGUGUCCUGCGUGGCUGUGCAGAAUCUGUAAUGAACACCAAGAGGUCCAGAAGCGUUCGGGAGCUUGGUUCUUCAAGGGGAGAGACCAGCAGGGUCUGCCGCCCCCCCUGCCUCUGUCCAGACCUCGACAGUCCAGCAUCGAGAACAGCUCGGCUCCAGAUGGACCACAUGAGCCCACGGCACCGAGAAACAAGCCGCCGCAGCAGCAGCAGCCGUCCUGUGGAUCAGAACAAUGGGAGCAGACAGCAAGAACAACAGCUGACAGCUAUAAUGAGACUCAGUCGUCUCCAGCAGCUGUAACAAAGACUGAGAGACAUGUGUUAGCCUCCAAACCUCCUCGGGCAGCUGCACCGCAGGUCGCCCCCACCUCAGCUCCUGCUGUCGAGGUGGAAAACAAACGCCCGGAGAGGGAAGAGACGGCGUCUCCUCCGGCUGUGCAGGAAAAAAGACAACCUGUUGUCUCCAGUUCACAUGUUCCUGCAGCCAGAAUCACUCCGCCUGUGAAUCCACCGGUCAACAACGCCGCUCCCCCGAGACCCCCGCCCGAUCCAACAGACGACGACGAGUACGACUCAGACGACGCCACCACGCUGGGAUCUCUGGAGUUCAGUCUGCUGUACGAGCAGGAGAACCACAGCCUCCACUGCUGCAUCGUUAAAGCCAAGGGUUUGAAGCCGAUGGACUCCAACGGACUGGCCGACCCGUACGUGAAGCUGCACCUGUUACCUGGAGCCAGUAAGUCCAACAAGCUUCGCACCAAGACGCUUAAAAACACUCUGAACCCCGUGUGGAACGAGACUCUGGUGUACCACGGCAUCACCGACGACGAAAUGUCGAGAAAAACUCUCCGACUCUCAGUGAGCGACGAGGACAAGUUCGGACACAACGAGUUCAUCGGGGAGACGCGAGUCGCUCUGAAGAAACUGAAGUUUGACCAGAAGAAGAACUUCAGCGUCUGUUUGGAGCGAGUGAUCCCGGUGAAGAAGGCGGUCGGAGGACAGGCUCGUGGCAUGGCUCUCUACGAGGAGGAUCUGAAUGAAGGCGAGGACUCGGAGGAGAGGGGUCGGAUCCUGGUCUCGCUCAUGUACAGCAGUCAGCAGGGUCGUCUGAUCGUGGGCGUCGUCCGCUGCGCUCACCUGGCUGCCAUGGACUCCAACGGAUACUCGGACCCGUUCGUCAAAGUGUGUCUGAAGCCAGAUAUGGGGAAGAAAGCUAAAAACAAGACUCAGAUAAAGAAGAAGACCCUCAAUCCGGAGUAUAACGAGGAAUUCAGUUACGAGAUAAAGCACGGCGAGCUAGCCAAGAAAACUCUCGACAUCUCGGUCUGGGAUUAUGACAUGGGGAAAUCCAACGAUUUCAUCGGAGGAUGUCAGCUGGGCAUCCAGGCUAAAGGCGAGAGUCUGAAGCACUGGUACGAGUGUCUCAAGAACAAAGACAAGAAGAUCGAGCGCUGGCACGUCCUGCUAAACGACAACACCGUCCAGUUUGAAGAUUGAGUCUUCUUCUUCUUCUUCUUCUCUGUGUUUUUUCUUUCUUUCUCUGUCGUCCUCCCCCGUUUUGAAUAUUGUCUUCCAGUGAACGCGGGCAGACGGAUGUUAUCCUCUCUUUUUUUUUGUUGCUUUCACUGUAUGGUUAGUUAAUCUCCAAAGUGCAAUGUGCAAAAAGCUACACCUCCAACAGUUUUUCAGGUGACCAACAUGGAUGUCGACCUUCGUUUGGCUCUUUCAUAAUCAGGAGCGAUCACUAAACACCACACGGCUCUCGUUUUCAUAUCAUAAACCCGAUCGUGUAAUCAAUGUAUCUUACCUGACACGUGGUAAUGAUUGAAUAGUGAUUAUUAUAUUUUAUGGCGCUGUGUUAUCGGUUUGUUGUGCCGCCAAGCUCACGCCCGAACGACGGGAAAUUCCCAGUUUCCUGUCUCUGACCUCUCGUACCGUCAUAUCAGCUGAUCCGAGUACUUGCGUCGCCAAAACAUCCAUUUCUCUUGUGCUGUCUGUGCAUCAUGCAUAUGUUGAAUAUUAAAAAAUGGGACGCUUGACACGUGUGUGGCUCCUUUAAAGACGAUGUGAACAAUCCUGGCUGUCGCUUCCAUCACCUUCACCUGUGCAUGUGUGAGCGCUCGUCCGUCUCCUGCAGGAAGAUGCUUCUGCAUGACGCUUUUAUUAUGAAGAACAAAUCUGAUUAUGCAGUGCAAGUUGCAGAAAAUGUGAUGUUCCUCCAGAGAUGUGUUUUAUUGAUACGUUAUCAGAUCUUCAGCUUAAUAAUCGACAUGUUGCUGCUGUGUGUGUGUCCGUAUCGAUGCAUGUCUGACCUCAUGUUGUAGCAAAAAAAACACGUGGCAAAUAAAUAAAAGACAUCCUGGCACUUCC